GAUUUCUUCCCCCCAGAGUAUUCAUCUACCGUUCCUUGUCUAUCUCUUAGUUUCGAUCUAUCUUCUUAGGGUUUCUCCUCGCUCUCUCAUCUUCUCCGAUAGACCCAUUCCUCACCCAUUUGGUUUUCAGGGUGGAAAUGGAAAUCUCGGCUCUUGUCGGCAGUAUCUCUUCGUUUCUGAAUCUGUCGUCUUCCAGACAUAUCGAUUUAGACCCAUUUGAUAAAUACUACAAUAGAGUCGAAAAGUUGUUAGGAGUCUUGAAGCCUAUAGCUGAUGCCGCUGUUCUCAACUCUGAUCUUGCUUUGGAGGAGAAGCUUUGUAAAUCAUUUCAAGAAUUGAUUCAAGAUGUUGAUCACUCCAGAGACCUUUUCACGAGUUGGCACCCUUUCUCCAGUAAAGUCUAUUUCGUCCUCCAAAUUGAAUCUUUGAUACCAAAGAUGCGAGACACUAUUGUAGAUACUUUCCAGUUUCUCAAGUCUUCUAAGAGCGACCUACCUGAUGAGCUGAGUCCAGCUUCCCUCGAGAAAUGUCUAGAGAAGAUUAAACAUCCUACUUAUGAAGAAAUAUCCUCUGUCAUUGAUGGUGCUCUAAGUGAUCAGAGAGACGGCGUUGGACCCACCCCAGAGAUCUUAGUAAAAAUUGGAGAAAACACCGGUCUAAGAUCAAACCAAGAGAUUCUGAUCGAAGCUGUAGCUCUAGAAAGACAAAAAGAGAUCGCCGAGCAGUCCGAGAACAAUGCAGAAGUCGAGUUCCUCGACCAGCUGAUCGUCAUCGUAAACCGCAUGCACGAGCGUCUUCUUCUGAUCAAACAGACUCAGACAUCUAGCGUCUCCAUUCUCGCCGACUUCUUCUGCCCUCUUUCCCUCGAAGUCAUGACUGAUCCAGUGAUUGUGUCGUCAGGACAAACAUACGAGAAGGCCUUCAUCAAGAGAUGGAUUGAUUUGGGUUUAAAAGUUUGUCCCAAGACUAGGCAGACUCUUACUCACACCACUCUGAUACCUAAUUACACCGUGAAGGCUUUAAUCUCUAACUGGUGUGAUACUAAUGAUGUCAAGCUCCCUGAUCCUAAUCAAUCUUCGAGUUUAAACGAGCUCUCUCCUCUCUUGUCAUGUACAGACUCCAUUCAUGCUUCACCUUGUAGGUUAUCUGUAUCUUCAACUACACGAGGGUCAGUGGAAAAUGGACAAACAUCUGAGAAUCACCACCACCAUCAUAGGUCCCCUUCUGCUAGUACUAGCUCAGUUUCUAAUGAGGAGUUUCCAAGAACAGAUGGUAACGAAAACUCAGAAGAAUCAGCUCACGCUACACCUUACACCAGUGAUGUUUCAGGAGAAAUUAGAUCAGGGCCUCUAGCUGCAACCACCACUUCAUCAUCAGCAGCUCCUUCUCGGUCUGAAUACUCCCCAAGGUUUAUGGAUAGACAUAACCGUGGCAGCCAGUUUUGGCGCCGUUCUUCAAAGAUUGUCUCAGCGCCUUCGAACUCGGCGAGGCGUGAUCUCGCCGAGGUCGAAAGCCAAGUCAAGAAACUCCUGGAGGAGUUGAAAAGCAGUUUGUUAGAUGUUCAGAGACGAGCAACAGCCGAGAUAAGGCUGCUGGCUAAGCACAACAUGGAUAACAGGAUUGUGAUAGGGAACUCCGGAGCGAUCGUCUCGUUAGUUGAACUGCUUCGCUCAACAGACUCAGCUACGCAGGAGAACGCUGUCACAGCGCUUCUCAACUUGUCUAUCAACGACAACAACAAGAGUUUAAUCGCUGAGGCUGGUGCCAUCGAGCCGCUCAUUCACGUUCUUGAGAACGGUGGCUCGGAAGCUAAGGAGAAUUCGGCUGCUACUCUUUUCAGCCUCUCUGUGAUAGAAGAGAACAAGAUCAAGAUCGGUCAGUCAGGCGCGAUAGGGCCUCUGGUGGAUCUGCUAGGGAACGGUACUCAACGUGGGAAGAAGGACGCUGCUACUGCAUUGUUUAACCUGUCGAUACAUCAAGAGAACAAGGGAACGAUCGUGCAGUCUGGGGCUGUGAGGUAUCUGAUAGAUCUUAUGGAUCCUGCGGCUGGGAUGGUGGAUAAAGCGGUUGCUGUGUUGGCUAAUCUAGCUACGAUCCCGGAAGGGAGAAAUGCGAUUGGUCAAGAAGGUGGGAUAGGUCUGCUUGUUGAGGUGGUUGAGUUGGGUUCUCCUAGAGGGAAAGAGAACGCUGCUGCUGCUUUGCUUCAGCUUUCGACCAACAGUGGGAGGUUCUGCAAUAUGGUUCUUCAAGAAGGUGCUGUUCCUCCUCUUGUCGCGCUCUCGCAGUCUGGUACUCCCAGAGCCAGAGAAAAGGCACAGGCAUUGCUCAGUUACUUUAGGAACCAAAGGCAUGGAAAUGCUGGGCGAGGCUGAUGGAUGACUGAUGAUGAGUAGAUUUUGGCUCAUUGGUGCCUGUUCUGUGUUUGUUCUUCUUAUCUAAGUAGUGAUUUUGUACAGAAGAGGUUUCAUCUGCAAAUAAUUCCAUAUACCCAAGAUUUUGUUGAUUCUCUGCAUUCUUUGAUCUUCGUUUUAAUAAAGUUUUUUUGAAGGAAACAGUUGUAGUUGUGAAUGUGAACUGAGUGAGAGAAUAUGUAACCAUUGAUGGACUAUAUAACAAAGCUGAUUACAUGUGUU